AUGGGCAGACUGGGCUACUGGGCGUUGCUGGUGCUGCCGGCUCUGCUGGUGUGGCGGAGCCCGGCACGAGCUCGCGCGGAGAAGGGGCCCCCGGCGUUGAACAUCGCGGUGCUUCUGGGCCGGAGCCACGAUGUGACAGAGCGCGACAUCCGUAACCUGUGGGGCCGGGAACUGGCAGGUGAGCUUGCUCUCGACGUGAAUGUGGUGGCCAUGCUGGUCAACCUUACAGACCCCAAGAGUCUCAUCACCCAUGUCUGCGACCUCAUGUCUGGCGCCCGCAUCCAUGGGCUAGUGUUUGGGGAUGACACGGACCAGGAAGCCAUCGCACAGAUCUUGGAUUUUAUCUCCUCCCAGACCUUCAUCCCCAUUCUGGGGAUCCACGGUGGUGCCUCCAUGAUCAUGGCUGAUAAGGAUCCGAUGUCUACCUUCUUCCAGUUUGGAGCUUCCAUCCAGCAGCAAGCCACUAUCAUGAUGAAAAUCAUGCAGGAUUAUGACUGGCAUGUCUUCUCUGUGGUGACUACCACUUUUCCUGGCUACCGGGACUUCAUAAGCUUCAUCAAGACCACGGUAGACAACAGCUUUGUUGGCUGGGACAUGCAGAAUGUGAUAACCCUGGAUACUUCCUUUGGGGAUGCCAAGACACAAAUUCAGCUAAAGAAAAUCCAUUCCUCUGUCAUCCUGCUUUACUGCUCUAAGGAUGAAGCCGUUCUGAUUCUGAGCGAGGCCCGCUCCCUAGGCCUGACGGGCUACGAUUUCUUCUGGAUUGUUCCAAAUCUGGUUUCUGGCAACACAGAGCUCAUCCCCAAAGAGUUUCCUUCAGGUCUCAUUUCAGUCUCCUAUGAUGACUGGGAUUACAGUUUGGAGGAGAGAGUAAGAGAUGGGCUGGGGAUUAUCACCACUGCUGCCUCAUCCAUGUUGGAAAAGUAUUCAUUCAUUCCUGAAGCCAAGACCAGCUGCUAUGGACAGAUAGAGAAACCUGAGCUCCCACUUCAUACCCUACACAAAUUCAUGAUCAAUGUGACAUGGGAAGGCAAAGACUUGUCUUUCACAGAAGCAGGGUACCAAGUGCACCCCAGGUUAGUGGUGAUUGUGCUGAACAAGGACCGGGAGUGGGAAAAGGUGGGGAAAUGGGAGAAUCAGACCCUGAGCUUGACACAUUCCGUGUGGCCGAGGUAUAAAUCGUUUGCCGACUGUGAGCCAGAUGACAACCAUCUAAGCAUCGUCACUCUGGAAGAAGCUCCAUUUGUCAUUGUGGAAGACAUAGACCCGUUGACUGAGUCCUGUGUGCGAAAUACUGUGCCGUGUCGGAAAUUUGUUAAAAUCAACAACUCAACCAAUGAGGGGACCAAUGUAAAGAAAUGCUGCAAGGGCUUCUGUAUUGACAUCCUGAAGAAGCUGUCUCGGAAUGUGAAGUUCACCUAUGACCUCUACCUGGUGACCAAUGGGAAGCAUGGGAAGAAAGUCAAUAAUGUGUGGAAUGGAAUGAUUGGGGAAGUGGUGUACCAUCGAGCAGUCAUGGCCGUGGGGUCUCUAACAAUUAACGAGGAACGCUCAGAGGUGGUGGACUUUUCUGUUCCAUUUGUGGAGACAGGAAUCAGUGUCAUGGUUUCCCGAAGUAAUGGCACAGUAUCUCCUUCUGCCUUUUUAGAGCCUUUUAGCGCUUCUGUGUGGGUGAUGAUGUUCGUGAUGCUCCUCAUUGUGUCUGCCAUGGCUGUUUUCAUAUUUGAAUACUUCAGUCCAGUUGGCUAUAACAGGAGCUUAGCCAGAGGAAAAGCUCCCCACGGGCCUUCUUUUACAAUUGGAAAAGCUGUAUGGUUGCUCUGGGGCCUAGUCUUCAAUAAUUCUGUGCCUGUUCAGAACCCGAAAGGGACCACCAGCAAAAUCAUGGUGUCUGUUUGGGCCUUCUUUGCGGUCAUAUUCCUGGCCAGUUACACUGCCAACCUGGCUGCCUUCAUGAUUCAAGAGGAAUUUGUUGACCAGGUGACUGGCCUAAGUGAUAAAAAGUUUCAGAAGCCUCAUGAUUACUCCCCCCCUUUUCGGUUUGGCACAGUUCCUAAUGGGAGCACAGAAAGGAACAUCAGGAAUAAUUACCCUUACAUGCAUCAGUAUAUGACCAAAUUCAAUCAGAAGGGAGUCGAGGACGCUCUGGUCAGCUUGAAAACCGGGAAGCUGGAUGCUUUCAUCUACGAUGCUGCAGUGCUGAAUUACAAGGCUGGGAGAGAUGAAGGCUGCAAACUGGUGACAAUUGGGAGUGGCUAUAUCUUUGCUACCACUGGGUAUGGCAUUGCCCUCCAGAAAGGCUCCCCAUGGAAGAGGCAGAUCGACCUGGCCCUUCUUCAGUUUGUUGGUGAUGGAGAGAUGGAGGAGCUGGAGACACUCUGGUUGACGGGAAUCUGCCACAAUGAGAAGAAUGAGGUGAUGAGCAGCCAGCUGGACAUUGACAACAUGGCAGGAGUGUUCUACAUGCUUGCUGCUGCCAUGGCACUCAGCCUCAUCACCUUUGUCUGGGAACAUUUGUUUUACUGGAAACUCAGGUUUUGCUUCACUGGAGUGUGCACAGACAGGCCAGGACUGUUGUUCUCCAUCAGCAGGGGCAUUUACAGCUGCAUUCAUGGAGUGCACAUUGAGGAGAAAAAGAAGUCACCAGAUUUUAAUUUAACCGGCUCCCAGAGCAACAUGUUAAAACUCUUACGGUCAGCGAAAAAUAUUUCUAACAUGUCCAACCUGAACUCCUCCAGAAUUAAUUCCCCCAAAAGAACAACUGAUUAUAUCCAAAGAGGCUCCCUCGUCAUGGAUAUGGCCCCAGAUAAAGGGAAUUUGAUAUACUCCGAUAACAGAUCUUUUCACGGAAAAGACAAUGUUUUUGGGGACAACAUGAAUGAACUUCAGACAUUUGUGGCCAACAGGCAUAAAGACAACCUCAAUAACUAUGUUUUCCAGGGUCAGCAUCCUCUCACCUUGAACGAGUCCAAUCCUAACACGGUGGAGGUUGCUGUGAGCACAGAGUCCAAAGGGAACUCUAGACCUCGGCAACUUUGGAAAAAGUCCAUGGAGUCCUUGCGCCAAGAUUCACUGAGCCAGAACCCAGUCCCUCAACAGCGGGAGAAUGGCUUGGUGGAGAACAGAACCCACUCUCUGAAGAGUCCCAGGUACCUCCCGGAAGAGGGGGCCCACUCUGACAUCUCAGAAGCUUCAAGCCGGGCCGUGUGCCGCGUGGAACUUGAGAACGACAGCAAACAUCACAAGACCAAGGACAAUUUUAAAAAAAGGUCUGUGGCUUCCAAAUACCCCAAGGACUGCAGUGAUGUCGAGCUCACCUACCUGAAAACCAAAGCAAGUUCCCCCAGGGACAAGAUCUAUACCAUUGAUGCCGAAAAGGAGCCCAGCUUCCACAUAGAACAACCCCAGUUUAUUGAAAACCUCGUCCUUCCUGAGAAUGUGGACUUCCCUGAGGUGUACCAGGAUCCCGAUGACAACUAUCAAAAGGGCGAUGCUACGCUUCCUGUCAACAGGACGCCUUUGCACAAUGAAGAUGGCAACGUCCCCAACAACGACCAGUAUAAACUCUUUUCCAAGCAUUACGCCUUGAAGGAAAAGAGCUCUCCCCUCAGUGAGGGGAGUGACAGAUACCGGCAGAACUCUACCCACUGUAGGAGCUGUCUCUCCAACCUGCCCAGCUACACUGGUCAUUACACCACCCGAUCCCCCUACAAAUGUGAUUCCUGCCUGAGGAUGGGUAACCUCUACGAUAUUGAUGAGGACCAGAUGCUGCAGGAAACCACAACCAACCCUGCCCACCCUGAGGAGAUGUAUGAGCAGGACUGGGUUCAGAACAACGCCCUUCAAUUCCAAAAGAAGAAUAAGUUGAGGAUUAGCCGGCAACAUUCUUACGACAACAUCCUGGACAAGCCCAGGGAGGUUGACCUCGGAAGACCCUCUCGGAGCAUAAGCUUAAAGGAGAAGGAGAGACUCUUGGAAGGGAAUUUAUAUGGGAGCUUGUUUAGUGUCCCCGCCAGCAAACUGUCAGGGAACAAGGGCUCCCUUUUCUCUCAAGCACUGGAAGACAGUAAAAGGAGCAAAUCUCUCAUCCCAGACCACUCCUCAGAUAACCCCUUCCUACACUCCUACCAGGAUGACCAGCGGCUGGUCAUUGGGAGAUGCCCCUCUGACUCUUAUAAACACUCGUUACCCUCCCAAGUGAGGAAUGACAACUACUUGAGGUCGUCUCUAAGAUCAACAGCGUCAUCCUACUGUUCCAGGGACAGCCGGGGCCACAACGACACAUACAUUCCUGAGCAUGUGAUGCCUUAUGUGGCAAAUAAUAAUAUUGUAUACUCUACCCCCAGGGUCCUCAACUCCUGCAGCAAUAGACUCACAGCCCAAACCAGACCCCAGAACUCAGGGCCCUGGAAAGAAUCGGUAUGUCCGCACACCCGAGGCUACCUUCAGUCUAGGCUGUCAUCAAGAUAUGGAGACGCAUCUGGAAUAAUAGGCCCCAGCUGUUCCUGGUGA